GGGAUCAAAAAACGAAAGCGCUUGACAGCUCAUCUCUGUGAUGUGAAAGACACGACGUAGAGCCAGCAAACAUUUACCCAAAUCGAUAAAAAAAAAGUCUUCACUCCACCGCAGCUAAGAGUGGCGCGCUUCUCCGGCGAGAUUCGAUUCAAUGUCUUCCUCUUUCGCCCCCGGUCAGAAUCACAGCCCCGGAAGCUCCCGGUUGCUCCAGCUCGGGGUCGCCGGCUCCGCCUCGCGCCUCAGAUCUUCUUCCUCCAAGAAACCGCCUGAGCCGCUGCGCCGAGCCGUGGCGGAUUGCCUCUCUUCCUCCCAUCCUCCCGCUACCUCUCACCUCGGCGCGAUCCCGUCCAUAGCACCGUCUGAAGCUCUAAGGAAUCUCAGGGAUUAUUUAUCAUCCACUGGCACGACUGAUUUGGCGUACAACAUGCUGUUAGAGCAUACUAUAGCAGAGAGAGAUCUGAACAACAGCCACUGCGCCUAAACCCUGCCGAGGUAGGCGAGGUGAUCGCUGCUGUUUGUUCCGAGGCAUCAUCCAUCCCUUCAAAUCCAAUGACCGUAUCACCCCAAUUAAAUAGCAAGACUGGGAAGCCGUCAAUGGAUGUGGCUGUGAGCGUCCUGAUAAAGCUUGUAAUUGACAUGUAUGUCUUGGACGCUAGAAUUGCUGCUCCUCUUACACUGUCCAUGCUUGAGGAAAUGCUAUGCUCCACAAAUGCAGCUUGUAGGAUUCGUGUAUUUGAUUUAAUUCUUAAUUUAGGAGUUCAUGCGCAACUUUUAGAGCCAAAGAUAAGUGAUAAUGCUACAACCAUUGAGGAAGAAUACGCCCAAGAAACAUUUAUCGAAAAUGAAAACAGGAUACUGCUUCAAGGAACAAGAACGAAAGACUUACCUAAGUUGUCAAGCACUUCUUCAGCUAUUGAGAACUUUGAGUCUUGGAUAUUAAAAAUCUUAUUUGAAAUUCUACUUCUCCUAGUGCAGGUUGAGGAAAGGGAAGAAUCCGUUUGGGCAUCUGCUCUUAGCUGCUUUCUAUAUUUUGUCUGUGAUAGAGGCAAAAUACGAAGAAACCAGCUAAAUGGUCUUGACAUAAGGGUUAUCAAAGCUCUUCUGGGAACUAGCAAAAGGAAUUCUUGGUCAGAAGUUGUUCAUUCCAAGCUUAUUUGUAUCAUGACAAACAUGUUUUAUCGAUCUCCAGAACUAGAUGGCUCUACCAAAGCAACUUCAAGUGUCUCAAAUUUUCUUAUAGAACAGGUCGAUCUGAUUGGUGGCGUGGAGUUCAUUUUCUAUAAGUACUCUUUGGCAACCACUAGAGAGGAAAGAAGAAAUCUCUACUCGGUUUUAUUUGACUAUGUCCUGCAUCAAAUUAAUGAGGCAUGCUCAGUUGCUGGUCUUUCCGAGUACACUGAUGAUGAGAUUCAACCUUUGGCUGUUCGGCUUGCUCUUGCUGAUGCACCUGAAGCUUUCUACAUUUCUGUUAAGCUUGGUGUUGAAGGCAUAGGGGAAAUCUUGCGAAGAUCAAUUGCUGCAGCAUUGUCCGGGUUCAGCAACAGCGAACGUCUAAACCAGCUUUUGGCAAGUAUAACAGAAAAAUUUGACACGAUAAUACGUUCGUUUACUCACUUGGACAAAGAGUUUCGGCAUCUCAAACAGCUAACCAAAUCGCACAAGUUCAUGGACAGCAUUCAAGAGUUGAGAAAUGAUAUUAGCAUGUCAGUGAAUCUAGCUUGGGCUACUUUGCAUUCUCUUCUUCAUUCAGAAAGAGCCACAUACCGUCAAAAUGGAUAUAUCUGGUUGGGGGAUCUUCUGAUUGCGGAAAUUAGUGAAGAGGGUGGUGGAAGUAUAUGGCUGAGCAUAAAAGAUCUGCAACAAAAGAUUGCCCACUGCGGUGCCUCAGACUCUCUGAUUACUGAUGAUAUACCUAUUUCCAUACAUCUUCUGUGUGGACUCUUGAAGUCAAGGAACAGUGUCAUAAGAUGGGGUUUCCUGUUCAUUCUGGAGAGGCUUCUUAUGCGUUCCAAGUUCUUACUCGAUGAGAAUGAGACGCAGCGAUCAAUUGGUGGUAAUGCUAGUCAGGACCAGAGAGACACACGACUAGAGAAAGCAAACGCUGUUAUAGACAUAAUGAGCAGCGCUUUGUCUUUGAUGGCACAAAUAAAUGAAACUGACCGUAUUAAUAUCUUAAAGAUGUGUGACAUUCUUUUCUCGCAAUUGUGCUUGAAAGUUCUGUCUACUGAUGAGGAAACAGUUCCGAGUUCUGCUGAUAGAAAUAGCAAAUCUGAAACAUCCAAUCGUAACAGCUAUAAAGAGAAUAUGGAUGAUGCUGACACCAGGCCUCGGUACAACAGUGUCCCUGUUUCAACGUGCGAGACAGCGUCAAUGGCAGCAAUGCUUCUUCGUGGGCAAGCCACCGUCCCUAUGCAGCUGGUUGCGCGUGUUCCAGCGGCUUUGUUUUAUUGGCCCUUGAUUCAACUAGCAGGUGCUGCAACUGACAACAUUGCACUUGGUGUCGCCGUUGGAAGCAAAGGAAGAGGAAAUAUCCCAGGGGCAACCUCCGAUAUUCGAGCCACCCUACUAUUACUUCUGGUCGGUAAAUGCACCGCAGAUACAGUUGCUUUUCAAGAAGUUGGUGGAGAGGAGUUCUUUAGGGAACUCCUGGAUGAUACUGACUCAAGGGUGGCUUAUUACUCUUCAGCAUUUCUACUAAAGAGGAUGAUGACUGAGGAACCAGAGAAAUACCAAAACAUGCUUCAGAAGCUUGUCUUUAAGGCUCAGCAGAGCAAUAAUGAGAAACUGCUGGAGAAUCCAUACCUGCAGAUGUGUGGUAUACUCCAACUAUCAAACGAGCUUUGAGCUCGGGGCUCUCAUAAGUCUCCAGUUUAUUAUACAUGACUUCUCUAAGUUCCUCGAAUUCACAAAAUCAUAGAGGUUACUUCAGCACCACCGCCUAAAAAAAAGAAGAGAACUUGGGUGAAAGUAAAAGACAAUUGAUAGAUACUGGAAUCGUCACUGAAAGUAGCAGGGGGCAAGUGAAUUGAGACAUGGCUUCGUGUGUGAGAGCUAGAUUGGUGAGUUCAUCUGACAUCACUUUGGCUGAGAUCUGGUUUUGGUUGAGAUCUGAAGGAUGUUGAUAGUAAAGCGUUGGCUGAAGGGAUCAAUGUGAUCAUAUGUUGACUCAUCCGCCUUCUCCUUUUUCUGCGGGAAUGGCGCUGACAUUUAAAAGGAACUUACAGAAACAGUGAGCGUCUGAUAACUGCUGGCAUGUAAUUUUUUUUUGGCCUAACAAACUGAAAGUUUUCAUUUACUCUUAUGUUCUUGUGUGUAAAAUUAACCAAACAUCAUGAACAGAGUCUGUCUGCAGCUCCAGAAAUUUUAUUUUUUUCUUGGAGUUCAGCUUUUGUACAGAGUCCAGAACAGAACCAGUUUAGGGGUUCAGCUUUUGGUUGUCGAAUGUUUUGCCUUUAAAAUCGUUAUUUGAAAGUGUCAACCAUACCUAAUCAGUGCUAUUCGUUGUUGUUUCUGGCUGCCACUAUUUGUUAAAGAGAUACUGUAGAAUUUAGGCAUGCGUAUGAUUUGUGUAUACAAAAAGCCUGAACCACACCGGUUUGAUAAGAAAAAAUCAAGAGAAUUAGUAAUAAGACGAUGACCUAAUUAAUCCACAUGGUGUGACAAAAGUAAUGGGCCAGGCUUGUUUCGUGCCAAAGUAAAGAAAAAAGGAAGAGAAACCCUCGGUCCUCAGACAUCGAGACUCUGAGAUCCAGCACCUGUUCUGUUUUGUAAAUUGCUUUCUGCCUCUUGGAGAUCUGAUCCUUUCCCAUCGAUUCCUGCCUGAUAAAACGAUGAUUGAUGAUCAGGACUUGGGGUUUAUAGUCAAUUUCCUUGGCAUCUUCAUCUUCGCAUUGGUUAUUGCGUAUCAUUACGUAGCUGCUGAUCCCAAAUACGAAGCCACUUGAGUGAAUUGUAUCUUUAGAUUAUGUAAGGCUUUUUAGUUUAUAGUAUCUGUUUCAAACUGUGACAAGAGAACAACAACAGUCUUUUUGUUUAGAAUGAAAAUGUUGUCAAGAUGUUCCUCCUAA